AUGGUGAAGAGACGAGGGAGGAAGGCCUGGGAUUCUCUGUCAAAAGCUUCUCAGACCAAAGAGGAUGAAGGUGUGUGUGGGCAGCAGGCGUUCAAGACAGAGCCACGUAAUGUGACGGUCAGGGCGGGGGCCACAGCUCUGCUGAAGUGUGAAGUGCUGAGGGCCUCAGGGGCCGUGCAGUGGGUUAAAGAUGGGCUGCUCCUGGGACCUCAGAGAUCGCUGCCUGGCUACCCACGCUACAGCAUGACAGGAGACCAGCAGAAAGGCCAGUACCAUCUUCAAAUUCUCAACGUGAGUUUGGAAGAUGACGGCCCCUACGAGUGCCAAGUGGGCCGGUCCGUGAGCAGCCGCGCCAUCAUGUCCCGCACAGUCUGGUUCAAUGUGCAGAUCCCGCCCUCACAGCCGUACAUCCAGCUGGAGUCUGAUGAGCCGUGGGUGGAGGGAGACGAACACACGGUGACCUGCAUCGCUCCUGAUGCAAAACCUCGUGCAGAAAUCACCAUGUUCAGAGAUGGAGAGGAGCUGACGGAACCUGAUUCUUUCACAAUGUCAGGCUCACAGGAUAAACUUCUGAACACUCAUGCUGAAGUCAUCAUAAGGGCACGAAGUUCAGACAACGCACGGCAGCUGACAUGUCGAGUGAAGAACCCAGCUGCUCCUCGAGCUCUCGAGACUAGCAUGACCAUGAGGGUAUACUUUCCCCCGCAGGCUCCGGUGAUCAUGGGAUUAGAAAAUGAAGAGGUCAAAGCUGGUUCCUUUCUCAGGGUGGUGUGCAUGUCGUACGGGGGCAACCCACUGGCCACUCUGCAUUGGACUAAGAACGGAGAAGUCCUGUCCACUAGCUGGGAAGAGGACGUUGUGUCACGUCAGUCCAGUAGUGUGUUGAAAAUGACGGUGAAGCAAGAGGACAAUCAUGCUGUGCUGCGGUGCGAGAGCGUCAACCAAGUGUCUCGUUCACCAAUGUCCCUCACACGCACUCUGAGCGUCCUUUUUGAGCCAGCCAAGGUAACGUUACUGGGCUCUUUUGAAGCCAUAGAGGGAGAGGAGAUCAAUCUGCUCUGUUACACUUCCUCUAGUAAUCCUCCGGUCCACAUCCGCUGGUGGCUCGGGUUCAGGGAGCUCAACAGUACGGAUGUUACCAUCUCUGAGGGGGAUAAUGGUGGGAUGAUGACGAUGUCUAACUUGACGCAUAAAGUGUCACGUGAGGACAACGGUCUUUCUCUGACUUGUGAGGCGUUCAACAAAGGCACCCACUUCUCUAGCGUUCGGUCUGAAGAGCUCAUUGUUUACUGUGAUUGGCUGAAGGGAGUUGAACAGGCUCCUAAAAAGGCUGAAUUUGGUGGAAUGUCCCGAACCAGUAAACUGUCCCUCACUCUUGAGUCCCAUCACUGGAAGAAAAGGAUCACCUGUCAGGCCUUCAGUAACGUGCUGUCCGAGGGUGUCAACAACUUCUACACUCUCAAUGUGCUCUUUCCUCCGGAGUUUUCGGAUGAGCAGCCCGAUCAGGUCCCAGUCAUUGAGGAUGAAACCGCCGAGCUUCCUGUCAAAGUCUCCGCCAAUCCAGAUGAAAUCACUUGCGAGUGGAUUUUUCAGGGCGAGAAGCUUGUGAAAGAAAGAGAUCCUCGUUAUCACUUCGACGACUGGACCCUGGAAAUCGUGAACGUUUCUCGGCAAGACGGGGGCGAAUACAUCAUAGAGUGUUCCAACGCUGAGGGGAAGAACCGCACAAAGCUCAAGCUGGAUGUACAGUAUGCCCCUACUGUUCAUAUGAAGUCUGAUCCUGUGUAUGUGAACGUGGGAGACACCGCUGACUUACUGUGUGUCGCUGAUGCCAACCCCAUCAGCUACAGUAUGUUUUCCUGGAAGUGGAUGGGUGAAGGGGAAGUCGAUGAUCUGGGAGAGGAGAGUGAAGAUGAAGGCACUGGUUUGUUAACUCUUUACGAGGUGACCCGUGACCGGGCAGGUUUUUACAAGUGUACAGCGGACAACGGCAUAGCGCCUCCUGGCAGUGUGGAAGGACAGCUCAUCGUACGCUUUGCUCCAGAGCUUCAGAAGGGGCCUCAGUGGAGGAAGGUGGCCAGCCGAGGGGACGGCAGCAGCGAUGCAAAUGUGGUUUGUCAGGCACGAGGCGUUCCUCGUGUCCACUUCACCUGGGCAAAAAAAGGAUUCCCUUUAGACCUCGGCAACCCCAGGUACGAGGAGAAGACGGAGGUGACAGCGACCGUCCACACCAGCAUUCUGACUGUCAUAAACGUGAGUGCAGCGCUGGACUACGCCAUCUUCACCUGCACCGCCCACAACAGCAUGGGAGUGGACUCUCUCGACAUCCAGCUCCUCAGUACCAACCACCCCGAUCCCCCAUCAGACCUGAAGCUGCUCCGUGUCGAUCAUAACUCUGUAACUCUGGAAUGGAUGCCUGGAUUUGACGGUGGUUUGACACAGAACUUCCGUGUCAGGAAAGAUGCAGAGAAAGCAGAUGACGGGGUCUCCCCAACAGACCAGGACUCAGCUCUUGCAGGUCGCGGUCUUCCUGUCUAUGUGGUGGUGAUCCUGGUUGUGGGCGGUCUUCUGUUGUUCCUAAACCCUCUGAGCUGCUUUCUAUUCGCCAAAUGGAAAAGAGGGCGGAGCCUGAAAGGUAAUUGACAGAGCAUUUCACAGGAGACGAAAAGCGAGGAGCAGAGGUCCACGGCGAGCGGCUCAACCCGCUAUGCAAGCAGAGAGCUUAUCAACGCCUCGGCACAGCGAACACUCCUCAUUGACAGCAGCUCCGAGCCUGACAGCAGCGUCUAUGAGAGCUACGGACGGCAGGAGAGUUCUCAUUAUUACUACCCAAGUGAGGCCUACAGUCCUGCCCUGUUUACUCACCCUGAAGGGCCUGAGGAUCAUGAUGGCAGACACGGCACAAAUCCUCUCACUCACGACUAUGAGGAGGUUAGAGGCUGGGGGACGUCCGAGGACCUGCAGGGCUACUCACUGCUGCCCCCUGCUGCCCAAUAUCAUCCACGAGCACCAGUAUCCACCUACUAUGAGGGAAGGGCAUACGGUAAAGCUGAUGUGGACGUAACAGCAGGAGUUUAUGAUUCUAUGGUGUACAGACGCAGAAGAGACACAGACUUGCCGUUUGAGCUCAGAGGGGAGCUGGUUUAAUAAUAGUGAGGCUGGUGUGUGCUGUGGUCUAGACCAGCUCUACCCUGAGACCAGUUUGGGUUUAUGAGUUGAAAAAACAUUUCUUCUUUUACUUUUCCUAUUAUUUGUC